AUGUUUGGUAAAGACUGGUUGGAUCAUAUGAUAGGACUUGUUGAUGUUGAGCAAUCUUACGCUGUCUCCAAGCUUCAGAGAGAUGAAUUUGUUAGUGAGAUACUCCGCAGUCCUGUGUUCGAUCCUGGUGUUGGAACUGUUAAAGAAUUCGAAGCUUGUCUACAAUUUAAGCCUGAUGCGAGAGCAAAGUUUUGCAAGGCAAGGCAGGUCCCAUUUACCAUCGUAGACAAGGUUGGGAAAGCCAUAGACGAGUUAGUGAAGAAUGGACAGCUGAUUCCAACAGAGCACUCAGACUGGGCUUCACCCAUAGUUCCUGUCAUGAAAGCGGAUGGUACGAUUCGCAUAUGUGGUGACUACAAGACUACCGUAAAUCCUAAUCUUGACACAGCUAUUUACCCACUUCCUAGGAUAGAAGAUUGCUUGAGUAAGAUUGUCGGAGGUAAACUGUUUACUAAGCUGGAUAUCAGAGCCGCUUAUAAUAGUUUGAAGUUAAGAGAAUGUGACCAAAAGAUUGUGACUUUGAACACACACAAAGGAUUGUUCAGUCCUACUUCUCUACCAUUCGGUAUUUCAUCUGCCGGACCGAUAUUUGAACGCAAGAUUGAUGAUACCUUGAGAAAGACAGAGAACACAGCAUGGCGUGUUGACGACAUUCUAAUAACUGGACCUGAUGAUGAGAGUCACAUGAAGAACGUGAGAACGGUGAUUACAGCACUAAAGAAAGAAGGCUACAAAUGCCGGCUAGACAAGUGUGUUUUCAUGGAGCCUAAGGUUACAUUUCUUGGCCAUGAAGUAUCUGCUGACGGGAUAAGACCGCUGAGUUCGAAAGUUGAAACCAUAGUGAGAGCACCGUAUCCUACUACUAGAGCGGAGAUGAUAUCAUUUCUUGGUGGUGCACAGUACUAUUCACGUUUUAUUCCCAACAUGUCAACAGUUGUUGAACCACUUAACCGUUUAAGACCCGCUGACAGUAUUUUCCACUUUGGAGAUAGAGAAAAGAGAGCUUUUGAUGAGUUAAAAGCACUGUUAUCGUCUGACUUGGUUCUAACAGUCUACAACCCUGAGCUGGAGUUAAAGCUUGACACGGACGCUUCAUCCGUUGGUUUAGGAGCUGUUAUGUCACAUAUUGAUGAAAAUGGGACAGAGCGACCGAUCGAGUAUAUAUCUCGAACUCUAACGAAAUCUGAGAGAAACUAUUCCAUGAUAGAAAAAGAAGCAUUGGCAAUAGUUUGGGCGACUAAGAGACUGCACCGUUAUCUUUUUGGACGACCGUUUACCCUAGUUACAGACCACAAGCCGCUGGAAUCUAUCUUUCACCCUAGUCGUGGAAUUCCUAGCAUGGUGGCAGGUCGUUUACAACGAUGGUCAUUGUUCCUAAGCGGUUACACUUACAAGAUCCAGUUUCGACCCACUGGUAAACAUUGUAAUGCUGAUCUAUGUUCCCGUUUUCCACUGCCUUUAGACACAUCGGCAGAGACGAGAGAGUUUGAUGACGAGUUAACAGAGGAGUUUGAAAUGAAACCUCUAGAUACUCUUUUCAGCGUGCACUACUUCGGUGAUGACAAACCUUUGAUUGACGCUGAGUUAAUAGCUAGUCACACGAGAAGAGACAAGACACUUGGUCGAGUGUUACAGUUUGUUAAAGACGGCUGGAACGAGAAACCCCCUGUUGAUGUCGAGCUGAAACCGUUUUACACACGUCGAAACGAGUUGUCAGUAGACCAAAACUGUAUUGUCUGGGGAUCUCGAGUUUUUAUUCCAGAGAGUAUGAGAAAGAGCGUGCUUUCAAUGCUUCAUGUAACACACAUGGGCAUUUCACAGACCAAAGCACAAGCGAGAGGCUAUGUUUAUUGGCCAAACAUGGAUGCUGAGAUCGAGAAAAUGGUUAAACUAUGUGAACCAUGUCAACUAAACCAGAAGAAACCCGCUAGAUCUACACCACACCCAUGGGCUAAAACUAUGGAGGCUUGGGAGCGGAUUCAUCUAGAUUUCUGUGGACCCUUUCUUGGAUCUAUGUGGCUGAUAGUUAUCUGUUCGUAUUCAAAAUGGUUAGAAGUUGUUAGAAUGACGAACAUUACAAGUAAGAGAGUGAUUCAAGAGUUACGAGAUAUCUUUAGCCGUUGGGGACUACCCAAGAUACUAGUAUCAGACAAUGGAUCGAGUUUAACUUCAGAAGAGUUUAAAGUAUUCACGAAUAAUAACCAGAUUCGACACGUGCUUAUUCCUGCUUACUCACCUGCAAGUAAUGGACAAGCAGAAGUUGCAGUCGGACUGUUUAAAAGAGCUAUGAAACGGAUGAUCUUGAAAAACCCUGACGUUAUGUGUAACCUGGCUGACGCUGACUGGCUACUAAACUACCGCAACACACCAUAA